GUCACUUGGCGAUCUAAACGACAGUCACGAGCAGUCACGUGAUGAGACCAUUCGCCUGGCGCUUUUCUUCACGGCUCUGGGCGAUUUCGACGUUUUGCUCCCUCUUUCGCUUUUCGGCACGAACAUCGCUGCACCAAGCUCGCCCUCUUCUCGUCACGAAGCAGCAACAACAACCCAACAAUGUCCAGCGGAGGUGUCACCGUUAAGGACGUCAGCGCUCACGCUUUCGUCAAGGCUUACGCUGCCUACCUGAAGCGUACCGGUAAGCUCGAGGUCCCCAAGUGGGUUGACCUUGUCAAGACCGCCACCUACAAGGAGCUCGCCCCUUACGACCAGGACUGGUUCUACAUUCGUGCUGCCUCGGUCGCCCGUCACAUCUACCUCCGCAGCGGUGUUGGAGUUGGUGCCUUGAAGAAGAACUACGGUGGUCGUCAGAACCGUGGAAACCGUCCCCACCACCACGCGAUCGCCUCCGGCUCUGUCGCCCGUAAGGUCAUGCAGGCCCUUGAGAAGAUCAAGGUGCUCGAGCAGGACCCCACUGGUGGUCGUCGUAUCUCCCAGGACGGACAGAAGGAUUUGGACCGUAUCGCCGCCCAGAUCGUCCGCACCGACGAGUAAACCGAUUUUCUUGUCCAUCAAAUGGAAACCGUGCUUGUUUGCGCCUGUAUAGUGUAGAUUAGUCGGAUACACCAACUCCGCAUGUAACCAGCUUCCGCACUCUGGCAAAGCCGGCUUUCCUCGUUGCAUUUCUUCCGCUGCGCGAGGAAGCUGAGACGAUGCUUCAGGGAAUAAAUUGGCGUGGCCUUGCGGCCCAUCUGCACCUGGAAGACUGUCCCUUGGGUUUCCGGGUUGGCGAUCUUUUGUUGUGACUUGCUUUCAAAACGCUUGUGGGAUCGCCGGGGUGAUUGAGGACAUUUGGGCUGUUUUCGAGGGGACCAAGGUCGGAAAGAUCGAACAUGAGACCGAUAAUCGAUGGAAACAUGAUCAUUGAGUCUCACAUUGGAAUCCUCCAUACAUGUCCAUGCAUACAGC